AUAUGAUUGUUUUGUUUUGAUACUAAUUCAAGUGAAAGUCAAUAAUUUUCUUAAUAAUAUAAUAUAUAUAAUAAAUAAUAUAUAUAUAAUUACAUAAAUAAAUAUAUUUACGUGCUGCUGUUCGCUUUCAUGUAUAGUGGGCAGAAGUUAGAAAACUAUUUAUUAUCUAUAAGAUUGAACUGAUUAUUUUUAAAAUUUUCACAAAAUAUAAAAAUGAGGCGUCGUGCUGGUGUGGGCGCUAUACAGAAACAAAAACUAGAGCAGGAGAAAUACAGAGAGAAAGGUUCUGAGAUACAAGAGAACCAAUUUCAACAGAUGUCAAAGCAGCUUGAUGUCUUCAGAGAAAAUCUUGAAGAGUUCGCCUCGAAGCAUAAAAGUGAGAUCAAGAAGAAUGCACAGUUCAGGCGGCAGUUUCAAGAGAUGUGUGCAGCAAUAGGUGUAGACCCGUUAGCAUCGGGCAAAGGGUUCUGGUCAGUGCUUGGGAUUGGUGAUUUCUAUUAUGAGUUGGGUGUUCAAAUUGUAGAGGUAUGCUUAGCAACAAAUUACAAGAAUGGUGGUCUUAUAACAUUAGAAGAACUUCGCACAAGGCUUAUUGCGGCUCGAGGAAAGGCAAAGAAACAUCAAGACAUUACAAAUGAGGAUUUGUUAGCAGCUGUCAAAAAACUUAGAAUAUUUGGCAAUGGGUUCACAGUAGUUUCAAUAGGUAAAGGAAAAUGGUUAGUGCAAUCAGUACCUGGUGAACUCAAUUUAGAUCAAACCCAGGUGCUUCAGAAAGCCAGUUCUUUAGGUACUGCAUGGGUGUCAACCACUGUCCUCAUUAGUGACCUAGGAUGGAAUGAAACAAGGGCUCAAAAUGCACUAAACCAUAUGGUUAAAGAAGGACUAGCUUGGGUUGACACACAGGAGCCGAAAGAAACUUUAUACUGGUUUCCAAGUAUGUUUGCAGAGUGUGUAUCAGCAAAUUAAAUAUA